GAGCCCGGAGUUGUGAAUGUUCAGCUCACACCUAGCUACCUGGUUCACAUCGCAGGCUAAUCUCAUCCUGUGUAGGCUUGUCAAGUUGUGCCGCGCAUUGAUGAUUUCUUGCAUGCCGUGCUCGUUCCCCGGCAAGAAAUGCUCGCCAAUGGAGGCGGCAGCGAAGCGCGUUUGGUCGCCGUCUCCACCUCCCAGGCCUGCAUUCUUCACCUUCCUCCUGCUGAGCGGCGCCUUCUUGGCUGUUGCUGCCUUCGCCAGGGACACCAUUCUCCCCGGCGAGUGCAUCUUGGGGAACGAGACGCUGGUCUCCGAGAACGGCGUGUUCGAGCUGGGGUUCUUCUCCCCCGGCCCGGGCAUAUACCACUUCCUGGGCGUCCGGUUCAAGCAGAUGCCGAGCACCAGCCCCACAUUCUGGGUCGGGGACAGGGUCUGCAUCACCGACCUGCCCGGCACGUCGCUGGUCCUCUUCGGCAGCAGCCUGUACAUCAAGGAGGCCGGGGCUAGCCUCUGGUGGUCGAGCGUGGCUGGGGACGGGUCCCCGCCGGCCCUCGCCGUCGCUGUUCUCCUUGACAACGGCAACCUGGUGGUGAGGGACCAGGCGAACUCCUCGCGGAUGUUGUGGCAGAGCUUCGAUUACCCCGGCGACUCGCUGCUCCCCGGCGCGAGGAUCGGGUUCGACAGGGACACCGGGAAGAACAUCGCGCUGACGUACAACAGUUCCUGGCACAACGGCAGCCUCAGCGUCGACGAGCGCAGGAGGAACGGGUUUGUGCUCACCACCGACGGGCACGACCGUCUGGGGACCUUCCCGGAUUGGAUGGUGUCAUCCCAAGAAGACAACGGCAGCUCACUGGUGUUGAAUCAUCCUCAGAGCCCAAAUCUGACCGAGUUCUUGCAGCUCCAUCUGGGGCAAGUCAGCUUGAAGCAGUGGUCGGAGGAUUCUGCAGAAAAUGGUAGUGGUUGGGUGGCUCGUUGGACCUUCCCUUCAGACUGCAAAUCCGGCGGCUUCUUCUGUGGUGAUUUUGGUGCCUGCACGAGCAAUGACAAAUGCGAUUGCGUCGAUGGAUUUGAGCCUUCAUACCCAGCUGAGUGGAGACUUGGAUACUCUGCUGCCGGUUGCUCGAGAUCUCUUCCAUUGAGCUGCGAGACCAACGGCCAGACUGAACAUGAUGACUCGUUUAUCCCGUUAGACAAGCUGCAGGGGCUCCCUUACAACUCUCAGAAUGUUUCAGCACAAAGUGAUGAAGAUUGUAACGAAGCAUGUUUGAGCAAAUGUUACUGCGUCGCAUAUGCGUAUGAUUCUGGAUGCAAGCUAUGGUACCACAACCUGUAUAAUCUGAGUAUAGCUUCUAGGCCUCCAUAUAGCAAGGUUUAUGUUCGUAUGGGUUCCAAGCUCAGGGCCAAAAAUGGCUUACACACAAGAGGGGUUGCAUCCUUGGUGGUCGGGUUGAUAGCACCGAUUUCUGUGAUACUGGUACUGGUGCUUCUAUGGAGAUACUGGAGAGAUUGGUUUACUUGCAGAAAGUUUGAAGUAGAAGGUUCUCUUGCUGUCUACUCUUAUGCACAGAUCAAGAAAGCUACAAGGAAUUUCUCUGAUAAAAUCGGCGAGGGAGGUUUCGGAAGUGUUUUCAGGGGAACAAUGCCAGGACCAACUGUUGUCGCUGUGAAGAGUCUCAAAGGCCUUGGGCACGCGGAUAAGCAAUUCAGAACUGAAGUGAAGACAGUUGGGGUGAUUAAGCACACAAACCUAGUCCGUCUUUUGGGAUUUUGUGUGAAAGGGAAUGCAAGGUUGCUGGUCUAUGAAUAUAUGUCUAAUGGUUCUUUGGGUUCUCACCUCUUCUCGGAAGAAUCUAGUCUACUGAAUUGGGAUCUUCGUUACCGAAUUGCACUCGGUAUCGCCAAGGGCCUAGCCUAUCUUCAUGAAGAAUGUGAGGACUGCAUCAUACAUUGUGAUAUUAAGCCUGAAAAUAUUCUGCUUGAUGCGGAAUUCUGCGCUAGAAUCGCUGACUUUGGCAUGGCAAAGCUUCUUGGACGAGAAUUCAACUCCGCAUUGACCACCAUCCGAGGAACCAUGGGCUACCUUGCACCAGAGUGGAUAUCUGGACAGCCUAUCACUAAAAAGGCAGAUGUUUAUAGCUUUGGCAUCGUGCUCCUCGAAAUAAUCUCAGGUAGAAGGAGUACUAAGAGAUUGGAAUUCGGAAGUCAUCGAUAUUUCCCUCUAUAUGCAGCUGCUCAAAUGAAUCAAGGAAAUGUGUCGUGCUUACUGGAUGGUAGGCUGGAAGGAAAUGCUAAUGUCAAGGAGCUUGACCUCGUCUGCAGAGUUGCAUGUUGGUGCAUCCAGGAUGAGGAGAACGACAGGCCGUCAAUGGGACAAGUUGUUCAUAUGUUGGAAGGCGUUGUAAACACUGAAAUUCCUCCGAUUCCAUCUUCCUUUCAGAACCUUAUUGAGGAUGAAAACAGCGGUAAUGUUUUUUCCUCUAGAGUGGACAAAAUUGUUUAUAGAGAGUAGUAAAUUCCAUUAGGUACUAGGAUUGCAUGUUUGCAUCAUUUCAGGAGAGCAGGAGCCAUAUGUUUAUA